AUGGGAUCGAUCAGCGGCGAAGAAAUAGCGCCAUGGGGGAAGGCAGAGGGUGUAGCAAAGGAGGAGAGGAUACUGGUUUCGGUAAGGGUGAGGCCCCUGAACGCCAAAGAGAUCGAGAAGAAUGACCCCUCAGAUUGGGAGUGCGUCAAUGACACCACCAUCAUGUUCAAGAACAGCCUCCCCGAACGAUCCGCAUUUCCAACAGCUUAUACAUUCGACAAAGUGUUUGGGCAUCAGAGCAACACAAGACAUGUUUAUGAUGAAGGAGCCAAGGAAGUUGCUCUUUCUGUUGUCAAUGGAAUCAAUGCAAGUAUAUUUGCCUACGGACAAACAAGUAGUGGAAAGACAUACACGAUGACUAGUAUAACCGAGUAUACCAUGGAGGACAUAUAUGACUACAUAAAGAGGCAUGAGGAAAGAGAAUUUGUUCUCAAGUUCUCAGCAAUGGAGAUAUACAAUGAAGCAGUGAGAGAUCUCCUGAGCACUGAUAGUUCCCCUCUUAGGCUUCUUGAUGAUCCAGAGAGAGGGACUGUGGUGGAAAAACUCACUGAGGAAACUCUGAGGGACCAGAGGCAUCUCAAAGAACUUGUAUUUACUUGUGCAGCUCAACGACAGGUCGGGGAGACAUCUCUCAAUGAAAUGAGCUCCCGAUCUCAUCAGAUUCUGAGAUUGACAAUUGAGAGUAGUGCUCGUGAGUUCAUGGGCAAAGACAGUUCAACUACUCUUUUAGCUGCUGUGAAUUUUAUUGAUUUAGCAGGAAGUGAACGCGCAUCUCAAGUUUCUUCUGCUAGUAAUCGCCUAAAGGAAGGUUGUCACAUUAACCGAAGUUUGCUUACCCUGGGAACUGUUAUCCGCAAACUGAGCAAAGGGAGAACUGGUCACAUUCCAUAUCGAGAUUCCAAGCUGACACGCAUUUUACAGCCCUUCUUAGGAGGUAAUGCAAGAACUGCCAUUAUCUGCACGAUGAGCCCUGCAAGAAGCCACAUUGAGCAAUCCAGAAACACCCUUUCAUUUGCAAGCUGUGCAAAACAAGUAGCCACCAAUGCCCAAGUUAAUGUGGUGGUGUCCGACAAGGCACUGGUAAAGCAUCUGCAAAGAGAACUUGCUAGGUUGGAAAAUGAACUGAGAUAUACAGAAUCAGCCACCUGCACGCAUCAUUCUGAUGCCCUGCGUGACAAAGAUGCCAAGAUUAAGAAGAUGGAGCGUGAAAUCAUGGACCUGAUGCAGCAAAGAGAUCUUGCUCAGUCUCGACUUGAGGAUUUGCUCCGAGCUGUUGUGGAUGAACGAGCUUCAAGACAAUGGGAAGAAUCCAGCCAUUCGUCGGUAUCCCAUGCACGCAGUGAAUGUGAAGAUGGAGUUUCGAUUUAUGAUACGUCUAAUAUUGCAUACCAAAUUGCAGAUUUAGACUCUUCGAGAUUUGAUAUGCCGGAAGAAAGGAACAACUACGAGUAUAACAUAGAGAUUCCUAGUAAGAUGAAGUCACAUUUGCGAUCGAUCAGCAGUCCUACUUUGAGUGAACAGAUCCUGCAGCAGGGAUGGGAGGAAAUUGUCGAAGCCACGCAUGAAGAUUCUGAAGACCACUGCAAGGAAGUCCAGUGUAUUGAGAUACAUGCUAUAAGCACAAGCAGGAGUGACGAGUUCAACCUCCUGAUUAGUGAUGGAAGUGAUAGUCUGCUGGCACUGACUGAUGAAGACAGACUUGGGGAUCCUGCACCACAAUCUUUAGGCGAUACACACUUGAAACCUGCAAUGGAGCAAUCGAUAGAUAUUGCGACAAGGACAACCGAUAACAUUGUCAAACCAUGUCCUGAUUCAUCAUCUCCAUUGCCUUCAGUGUCGAAGGUAAUGAAUUCCGGGGAGUUGGUUCUGGCCAGAAGUAGAAGCUGCAAGGCAAGUCUGAUGAACACUUCAAUCUUGUCUUUGCUAGAAAACGUCGAACAAGGUAAGGAAACACCGCAGGAGACCUUCUUAAAAGAGUCUCCUGGAAGGCCUAGACUGUCUGCGUUGCGUUAUGAUGUCGAAAAUGAGAAACACUCAGUAGAAGGAUCUCAGGCCUCAGAAAAGCUGACUUCCAAUGACACAAUUCAAACCGAGGAUAUAAAAACUGUUCAUGGAGAGGCUGAUGCUAAUCUCAGCACCUCUUUUUCAGGAACGAAUGAGAUGGAUGAAUGCCAUUGUCACAAGCAACUCCCUUCUUAUCAGGAGAUUCGACAGACUUGGUGGGAAGCCCAUGGAGCUGAGAAGAAUGUAAAGGAUGUGGGCGUGGAAGCGGUGCUAUCUCCCUACGAGUCUCCUUCGCGACGGCCACUGGAAUUUGAGAGAAAGCGACAGGAGAUAAUCGAGCUGUGGCACGCAUGCAAUGUUCCCUUGGUCCAUAGAACUUGCUUCUUCCUGGUCUUCAAAGGCGAUCCAGCUGACUCCAUCUACAUGGAAGUCGAAUGCAGAAGGCUGUCCUUUCUAAGAAACGCUUUCUCUCAUGGAAAGGCUGGUGGCGUAGUGGCUGAAGACGGUCACAGAGUUAGUCUUGCUUCGAGCUCGAGAUAUCUUCGUCGCGAGAGAGAAAUGCUGUGCAGGCAGAUGCAGAAGAAGCUGUCCCCGGACGACAGGGUGCGUCUUUAUGCUAAGUGGGGAGUUGCUCUGAACUCCAAGCAGCGGAAAUUGCAGCUAGGUCAGCGCCUGUGGACCAAAACCGACCUCGAACACGUAAAAGAGAGCGCAUCCCUCGUCGCUAAGCUGAUCGGAUUUGUAGAGCAAGGGCGGGCAAUGAAGGAGAUGUUUGGACUCAGCUUCACUCCGCAGCAAACUCACAAGAGAUCCUUCAGUUGGAUGCAGGGAUAGUCUGCCGUCGCGUGAGCAGACUGAGGCGGUACGUAUGCAUUAAUAAUCUGUCAUGGCCUGGCAUCAACUAAAAACAAG